UCCCAGCUCUACACGACCUUUCGUUGCAAAGUUAUAGGGUUUACAAGAAAAGUCCUAAAUUCAUUUUUCGUUUUUCUUUCUGUAGCUCUGAGAUGACAAUGAACAUUUAGGCUUUUCUUGUAAACUCUAUAACUUUGCAAAGAAAGAUCGUGUAGAGCUGGGAGAUACCUCGUUGUAAUCAGAAAUUCAUGGACUACAAUUACGCAUCAUUAAGAAAGCUUUUGGUUGUUCUUUAGAGUUUCUCGAAAACUUGUUUUUCAGAAAACCGAUCUUUGAAGGCCUAGCAGCAGCAUUCAUGGUGAUAUUCGGAAUCAGCAUCGUCGACUACCUAUAGUCCACUAGGUUUCGUUGAAAAAGCGAUUUAUCAGUUGGGGUACUUCCCUCGUAAGUGGAAAACCAAAAGAACUAAUGGGUUUGAUUGUCUGAGAACAGCAAAUUAUUUUGAAAGCGUUUUGACAUACUUGUUUGGACUUUGAAACAAAGAUAAUAAUCUUCUAAGAUGUACCGUUUUUCAGAAAUAUGUACCUAGAGCGCAACUUGGUGUCAUGAAGCCGUUACCCGAAAAGGAGCAUCAAAUUCAAAAUAUUUAAGUGUGGACAAACUCUACCAAAUAGUUAAUUUUCCUCUUUUAAGAACUAAAACAUUUCUGAAGAACAAAUCUCGUUCUUUCAAGUAGCUAACUUUCAUUACUUUUAGGUACUGAAGAUUCCAACUUGUUUAUUCCAUCUAUAAAAUGGCAAAAAAUUGAUACAUGGCUAAAAUCGGUACCUAAGUUGAAUAUGUUGGCAACGGUUAAUUUUAAUUUCUGGGAUAAACGUCAAAAAUGUGUCAUUCAUAACGAUCAACCGAUGGUGUCAACAAUCAAAGAUGAUGAAACAGUUGUUGAACUAGUUCAAAAUGACGAUAUUGUGACAGUUAUUUUUCAUUAUGAAACAAGAUCCUAUGCUACUGAUACGUUAAAGUGCACAUUGAUCAUCGAUCUACUAAACAAUGAACAAAUGGAAUCUGAAUUACAUAUGACUAAAACAACAUUGGAUAAUUUAGUCCUUGUCUGUGAUAAUAAGGAUAACGAUGAUCAAGAACUUAAAAUUUUAGAAGACCAAGAUGAUUUUGAACAACCGGUUGAAGCGUUUUUGUCUCUUAAUUCGAAACAAGAGAGAAUUGUCAAUUUUUGUAUAGCAAUAGUUUUAUCAGUAAUUGAAUACGGUCAAGAAUCAAUAAAAAUACAGCAGGUGUACAAUCAACAAGCAACAAUGAAAGAUGUAUUGAAACUUGAGACCGAUGAAUAUUUAGCGAAUACUGAAACAAUGGAAGUGAUUGAUCCUAAUAUAUGCUAUUCAAACAUAUUACCACCAAACAAAACAAAAUUUUUUCGAUUGAAACAAAGUCAGACAUGUUUGGUAUCAUUAGAAAACCCAAAAGACGAAAAACUGCUUAAGAUCGAACAAAAUAACGUUCGAACGACUCAAUAUGUAAAACGUUUCAUUCAAUACUCGAUACUUGAACAUGUUUAUCAACAAUUCAAUCUGUCAGAUGAUCAAUAUCUUUUAUUUGACACAGAUUUUAUUCCAGCAAAGAACACUCAACUUUGUGCCUUAUUAACUAACAGUAGCAUGAUGACAACUGACUUACAAGAAAUAGCAAUUUCGUUCACAGUUAUUAAUCAAAAUUAUAAAGCAACGGUGAUAGUGAAAAACAAGGAUGGUGAUGAACGAAAAUUCAGUUGUUCGAAACUAUUAACAAUUCAACGUUUGUGUCAAAUUAGUUGUCUUUUAUUCAACGAAAAUGUGGAAUACUAUCGAUUAGAUUUUGACCACUGCAACACAGAUGAAACUGAUACACUGGAUGAUUUGGAUGAUAACGAUGCAAUCGAAUUUGAAUUUGAAUUUGUCUGCAUAGCUACAGUGAAAUGUUCAAUUGAAUUUGAUGGAAAAACGCUUGAAUAUCCCUGUCAUUUGAAGACACGAAUCGAUGAUCUGUUUCAGAAAGCGACUGGUCAAUUUAAAAUCGUUCAAAAUUCUUCAACAUACUCUUUCUUUAUAAUCGAUAAGGAUGAUGAAUAUUCACAAAUUGAUUUAAAUGAUUCGAUUGAAGAUUUUUUAGACAAUGAAAAUUCAACAACAUUACAAUUCAGAAUCAAAGAAACGAAAUAA